UUUUUUCCACUUCCAAAUAUUUUCCCAAAUGCCCACCGCUCUCUAUUCACCUCGAACUUUGAUACGCAAACGGAACUGUCAAUGCGAAAAGAAAACGGCAUCAAAAGGCCAACAAAAAAAACUUCCUACGAAAAACAUGGAAUAAAAACUGGUGUAAAAUCGCUCUCGAGCUCCUUCACUUUUCCUUGUGCAAUAUUUGUUAAACAUAUGUAGUGUGGUUACGAACCAUAGUUGGGGUUAAAUUAGUUCAAACGGAACUGGAACCGUGAAUUGGAACCGUUCAUCGUUGCGUCGUUCCGCAUUCUUGGAUCGGGAAAAAAUAGCAUCAAAGCAGAAAGAGAUAGGAGACGGUCGUUAAUCCAGCGUAACCGUAGGGGAAUUUGUGCUGAAAUUCCUGCAGUGUCCAUUGCGCAGAUAGAGGCAACAUAUUUUUCAUAACUCACACCCUCGCUCCCUGUUUACCACCGCAACAUGCGCAGCAGAACGGAGAUGGUAACCACAACCCUGGACGGGUCCGAUUUUGAGGAAGAAACCGAUUUCGAAGACUCCGAGGAGGACUGGCGACCGGAAAAGGGAGACCCGAAAGCGCUGAAGCGAAAGACGCGUGAUAUAGUGACUGGUUCGGGCGGUGGGGGUAAGCGCGGUGGUAGGGGUCGCCCCAAAGGCGGUGCGAAGCGUGGCCGUAAACCGGCCGGCAAAAGUAAAGGCCAGAGCAGAAGACGUAAGGUUGACGACGAGAACGACGACGACGACGACGAUGAUGAUGAGGACGAGGACGACGAGCAGUUCGAUAGUGAGGGCAGCGAAUCCAGCUCGCCACCGGUUCCUAAAAGGGGGCGAAAGUCCACGACUGGCACUCCACAUCGUGCGAAUGGUAGAAAGAGCGACAGCAAGACACCACCCUCCACAUCGAAGGUACAGGUGAAGCUAAGCCCAACGACUUCCCCGGUGUCCGGUGGAUUGGAUGCUUCCACAGGUGAACCGACGAUAAAACCGAUCCAACGAAAGGUUGCCAACACGUCCGGGAGCUUUCCGGACAAGAGCGGCUACCUGAAGCUGUUCGCUUCGCGAGCCGAUCUGGAGGAGGGCAUACGGGACAAUCUGAAGGUGUGUCUGUGGCGCCGGGAUGGAUCGAGCUUGUUGCAGAAAUACUUUCGCGAUAAAUCGAUCGAUGCGAGCACGCCACAGUUCAUUUCCUCAAUGGUGUACUCCUGUUGGGAGGAUAAACGAGCGGACGAGUACAUGGAGGUGAAGGUACGCUGUAUCGAGCAGUCGAAGCAGCUGCGCGUACAGAUAAUCGAUGUGGACGCAACGGAAAAUCGAGCGAAGGAAGAGUAUCAGAAGUAUAUCGAGAAGUACGGGAAAACGAUCGAUUCCGCAGUGAACCAAUCACACAACGAUGGCGAUGGCGAUGGCGAUGAGGCGGGUGAAGGAGACGAGCAGGAGGAAGAAGAAUACGACGGAGAGGAACACGACGAGGAGGAGGAGGAGGAGGAGAUGCAGGAAGGUGUGGAAGGCAGCGAUGAACCGUCCCAAGAAGAAUGAGCACAUCCAGCCCGCGACUGGACCUCCUGCGAGAGAUAGUUGAAAUCCCGUCAUCUAAAUUAAUUUAUCAUCCUUUCGUACCAGUACCUCGUGACUCCGAUUGAUGCUGCUGCUGCUGCUCGAAAGCGCAGGAUGCACAGGAUUCGCAAAACUCGUGCGAAUAAUCCUGCGUUAGCAGCUUAUCUACUAAGCGAAAACGUCUUCUAUCGAAAAUACUUGCACACACACACACACAGAAUCACGUUCUAGGCACAUGUAGCAUUAAGAAUCGCGACGGAUACUCGUGUAAAUGUUCACAUUUUAAAUGUUAAUGUUUAAUUGGAAACUGCCGUCGUACACUUGACUGAGUAGCUUGGUGAAAUUCGUAAUAAUAUAUAUGUAUGUAUGUAUACAUUUACCCACGAUGCACACACGCGCGUCAGCAGCCAAUGUCUGCAAUAUGUCCGGAGCAAGGCUGAUCGUAGAACAGAACAACUGAGUCUCGAUCAGCGUGCGGGCACAUGGGAUAAACGGUUUUCGAUGUUUCGAACGUAAAACAGAAUGAAAUUAUCAUAAUAAACGAUUCAUUGUUUUAAAUGGAACUAUAUCUAUUAA